GGUAUAAAGCUUUUUAUUUUAUUGUCUAGUGAUUUGGGCCGAGACAAGUAACAGGAAAAUAACCUAAUAACUCGAAAACGCACGCUGAACUGAAGGUUCCCUAUUGCCCCGCUGCAGCUCUUCACUCUUGAAGCAAAGUUCUCAACUUCUUUUACUCUAGCGAAAUCAAAUUGUUGAGAUGAGAAAAGACAGGCCAGCUGUUGCAAGUUCAAGUAAAAUAAGAUUUGAUGACUCUGAUGAAUAUGAAUCUUCAUCUGAAGAUGAGGAGGAGAAGGGAAUAGAGGAGGAGCUUGCUGAUGUGACCUUUGAAGAAUUGCAGAGAGCACGGUCUGAUGGGUCGGCUACAGUGUAUAGGAAGCUUUAUUCGGAAGGAAAAAGUAGCCGAGCUAACAAGAACAGGCCAAUGGAGAUGAGUAGCAAAAAGCCAGUAAGCCGAUUUAGGGAAAUUAUCCAAGUUCCUAAAAAGGCCACUCGUGACCCUCGCUUUGAGUCUUUAAAUGGCCAGGUAGAUGAAGAAGGGUUCAAAAAGAGAUACAAUUUCCUUUAUGAGGAUAAUCUUCCAGCAGAAAAAGAGGAUCUGAAGAAACAGAUGAGGAAAUCAAAUGACCCAGAAGAGAGAAAUGAACUGAAAAGUCGUGUUUCUUGGAUUGACAAACAAUUGAAAUCGGCAGGAGUGAAGCACACUGAGAGAGAGAUUCUGGCAGAGCACAAGAAGAAAGAGAGGGAAGCUGCUAAGCAAGGAAAACAACCUUAUUAUCUCAAAAAAUCUGAAAUUCAGAAACUCAAACUUAUUGAGAAAUACAAGUCACUCAAAGCAGCUGGCAAACUGGAAUCAUAUAUUGAGAAGAAAAGGCGCAAGAAUGCUGCGAAAGACCACAGAUUCUUGCCAUAUCGGCGUCCUGGUGAGCAAGAAAACUAGUGAGAUGACAUGUUUGUAUGCUGUAGCAAAUUUGUUUGCUUGGUUUUCUCCUCACAAAUAUGUAGAGAGCUUGCUUUUUAAGCAUGACCAUGUGCCUUCUCUUUUGUUA